UCAACCAUGGAUCGGACUUCGUGCUACCGAGAAGUACUAAGAGGGCUUGCCAACACAAUGAAGUGCCUACGGACACAACCUCAUCUGAUGAUGAAGCAGUCUCCAACAAUGCAGCGCCCGGACUAAGCCAAGCAGCAGGUCAAGCUUCAGUCUUGUCAGAUAUAAACAGCGUACUUCAAACUGAUACGUUGAGUAGUCAGGAUGAACAGGAAACUUCAAACGACGCUUGUGGUGCAGCGGCCUCCAGCAUGGCAUCUGCUGCGGUCAGUCGCAAUACUUCAGAACUGCAAGCAACCAAUGAUGGGCCACAGCAUGCCAUCCCGAUGAUUUCCCACGACACAUUGCUAAAUGAUGAAGAGCUUUCCAUGUCUGAUGAUGAUGGUUCAGAGCAACAUGAUCCUGGAGAGCUGGCUUCAGAAGAUGACAUGCAGCAAAUGCCUAACAGUCCCACAGCGCCUGGUCAUGGUGGCAAGUCGCUUUUUGGAGAGUUAUUUACCGAUGUUGUGACUGAAAGAGUGGUUCUGUCUAGAGGCGAUAUUCUCCUCAUGGUGCUGAAGCACGCUGUCAAAAAUAAUUCAUCAUUUGCAGGGCUGACCAGCAUCUUAGACCUUAUCAACAGAAUUUUCGAACGACCAAUAUUGCCUCAUUCACGUUACCAGCUCUCCAAACUUUUGAGCAAAACAGGCACAACAAUGACAUAUUAUUGUUUUUGCCCCAAAUGCUUCACACACAUAGAAAAUGCUGAAACAAAUGCCUCUUUUCACUGCACAAAGUGCGGACACAAAACUAGUGUUUCUAGUUUAUCUGAUAUGCCUUUUUUUGUGACUCUUGAUGUGGAAUCGCAGUUGCAAAGAUUGUUGAAAGACUGUACACUUCUUGACUUAACAAAGCCACUUAACCAUGAUGGCUCAUUGGGUGAUCUGUAUGAUGGCGAAAUGUACCGCAAUUUUGCAGCUGCAACACAGCAGUGUGGUCCCAGAAUCAGCUUCACAUUAAAUGCUGAUGGCACACCGCUUUUCAAGUCAAGUGGCACGUCCAUUUGGCCUAUUCAGCUAAUUGUAAAUGAGGUUCCGGCUGAGCAGAGGAUGUCAAAACUUGUGCUUGCAGCAUUGUGGUUCUGGAAGGAGAAGCCACACAUGGAGCUUUUUCAGAGCACAUUUGUUAAGCAAAUGAGCCAGCUUAGCGAAAGUGGCUUUGUCUUGGAGCAAAAGGGGCAACUUCAGACAUUUAAAGCUUAUUGCAUUUGUUGUGCGGUUGACUCGGUUGCCAGGGCACCUAUGCAAGGUGUCACUCAAUUUAAUGGUUAUUUUGGGUGUAACUGGUGUUUACAGAAAGGUGAACGAGCUGGUGGUUCAACAAAGUACCCUGUUCAGCCAGUUAACCCCACUGAGCGUACAGAGAGCCAGAUGGUUGAAGACAUGACAACUGCAGUUAGGCAAGGAGUGACCGUUCAUGGUGUAAAAACGGCAUCUCCAUUGAUCAGCCUGCCUUAUUUUCACAUUGUAGCAGGAUUUGUUCCUGAUUACAUGCAUUGUAUUUUACUUGGAGUAGGACGACAAUUCUUAGAUUUAUGGUUUGAGUCUUCUGGUUGUGCUUACUCUCUAAGCCGCAAGCAACACACAAUCGAUGAGAGGCUUAUGGCUAUCAGGCCACCAAAGGAUGUAAAAAGAUUGCCAAGACCAACGAAGGAGCGGAAAUGGUGGAAGGCGAAAGAGCUGGAAAAUUGGAUAUUGUACUACAGCAUUCCAGUACUUGAUGGCAUUCUUGACAGAAGAUACCUUCAGCACUGGGCAUGCAUGGUUGAAGCUUUGCAUAUUAUGCUGCAGUGCAGUAUAGAAACUUCUGAGCUGACUAGAGCUGAGAAACUCUUGUUAGAAUUUCAUGUGCGUUCAGAAAUGCAUUUUGGAAAAGCUUUUAUGACGUAUAAUAUGCACGAGUUGACGCAUAUUGUAAAGAGUAUUCGUGACUGGGGACCCCUGUGGGCACACUCUGCGUUUCCAUUUGAAUCGGGAAAUGGGAGCCUCAAGGAAGCUAUCAAAGCUGCAAAUGGGAUUCCCCAUCAGCUGUGCAGAGUUCUGCAAAUUGAAAAUACUGUGAUGGAACUGCAGGAUCUGGCUGUCAGCCCUAGCGUGGUGCAGAGUUGA